AUGUCCAACAGCAGCUCCAUCACUGAAUUCCUCCUCCUGGCAUUCACAGACACACGGGAGCUGCAGCUCUUGCACUUCUGGCUCUUCCUGGGCAUCUACCUGGCUGCCCUCGUGGGCAACGGCCUCAUCAUCACUGCCAUAGCCUGCGACCACUGCCUCCACACCCCCAUGUACUUCUUCCUCCUCAACCUCUCCCUUCUCGACCUUGGAUGCAUAUCCACAACUCUCCCCAAAUCCAUGGCCAACUCCCUCUGGGACACUAGAAGCAUCUCCUAUCUGGAAUGUGCUGCACAGGUUUUUUGCUUUCUCUUCUUCAUGUCUGCUGAGUAUGCUCUCCUCACUGUCAUGGCCUAUGACCGCUACCUUGCCAUCUGCAAACCCCUGCACUAUGGGACCCUCCUGGGCAGCAGAGCUUGUGUCCAUAUGACAGCAGCUGCCUGGGGCAGUGGCUUUCUCAAUGCUCUGCUGCACACUGCUGAUACCUUUUCACUACCCCUCUGCAACGGCAAUGCUUUGUCCCAGUUCUUUUGUGAAGUCCCCCAAAUUCUCAAGCUCUCCUGCUCACAUGCCUAUCUCAGGGAAAUUUGGCUUACUGUGGUUACUGUCUGCUUAGAUUUGGGGUAUUUUGUUUUGAUUGUGGUGUCCUAUGUGCAGAUCUUCAGUGCUGUGCUGAGGAUCCCCUCUGAGCAGGGACGGCACAAAGCCUUUUCCAUGUGCCUCCCUCACCUGGCCAUAGUCUUCCUCUUUGUCAGCACUGCUACGGUUGUCUACCUGAAGCCCCCCUCAUUCUCCUCCCAUAUCCCAGAUCUGGUGAUGGCAGUUCUGUACUCAGUGGUGCCUCCAGCAGUGAAUCCCAUCAUCUACAGCAUGAGGAACCAGAACCUCAAAGACGCACUGAAGAAGCUGAUUUUUUUAACUGUCUCUAAGCAACAUUAA